CGCCCGCCCUCAGCGCACGCACACGAUCUCUCAGGGCGCGCGCUCGAGCAGCACACACAGGCGCGAGAUAAAGAUGGCGGCGACGGUGGGGGAAACGGCGUGAUAUGCUGGAGUAGUAGCACUAAACCUGAGUAAAUCCACCGUAUGACAGACCAUAGCAAAAUGGAAACCAUGUCACAGUAGGCGUUUACUGGUAAUACCAAGUACUACAAACUCACCUUUCCCCCCGAGACAACAUUCAUCUUGUGAUUGUGGAGAAAUCUCACCGGGAGCAUGGCUUCGCACAGCAGCCAGUACAUCUUUGGGGAGUUCAGCCCAGACGAGUUCAAUCAGUUCUUUGUGACUCCCCGCUGUUACGUUGAGCUUCCCCCCUUCAAUGAUAAAGUCUCCUGCGUCAGCCAUUCCUCAGGAGGUUACUGCACUCCUGCUGUGCCUUACAUAACGGAAUCAUUGAGACGGCAGGUUUGUGGAGAGGAUUACCAGCAUAUCGAGUUUGGCGUGGACGAGGUAAUGAAUGCGGAGCCUGUGGCAGUGAAAGACUCGCUGUACAAAGUCUCCAGCACUCUUAAUCCUCAGGCCCCUGAGUUCAUCUUAGGCUGCCAACCAUCUCAGAAGGCCCUUCCCACAGCCACGCCGGUCGCUGAUAUCCCAGAUGGUGCCGACUUCAACUCCCUAUGCUGCGGCAACUCUGAGACCUCAGUCCUGGGUGGCCACCAGGCCUGCUCGGACAAUGAUGGGGUUUCGGGUGGCUUGGGACAACGUAAGAAAAAGAAAAAACGGCCGCCGGGAUACUACAAUUACCUGGAGGGUUCCAACAGCAACAGCACCGGUGUGGCCACAGAUGGAGUCGGGGCCUCAGGCCUGGUUAACGGACAUACUCCAAAUGCUCCACUCAUGUGUUCAGAGGACAUGGUAGGGGACGUGUUAUCUGAGGCUGAGCUCAUCCCCCCAAAUUCUGUAACAUCCAGUACAUCCACACCCCAAACCGCCCCUCUUUCCCAUCAGAGGACUUGUGAAAGCCCUGACAAUUCGACAUUGGACUUGAUGAGCAGAGCUGCCUCUUUGUCCGACAGAAACGGUGCAGCUUCUUUGUCUACUUCAUCUUCGUCCUCUCAGAGCAGCGGGGUGGCACAGAGUGCCAGGACUGCAGAACAACAUGCAGAACCCCCAGCUCUAGAGAGUCCAGUACUUCUGGGUAACGGAGGGCACAGCUCCUCUCCACCAUCUCCUCUUCCCCCUGCUGCUGCUGUGGCCACCCCCACAACCACAAUUCCUGCUACUACUGAUGAGAGGGAGGCCGAGGGCUCGGGGGAGGCUAACGGGCUGCCAGAGACUGCCUCGGCUGCCGGAGCCGCCGACGGACUCCAAGACCCGUCUGAAACGGGUGAGGUGCAGUCAGCUUCCUCUGUAACCCCUCUCUCCUUAGACUCUGAAGUUCAGCCAGUAGUCUCGCCCGGUCCCCCUGCAGCACCUGUGGCCAACCCCCCGAAAUCCUGGGCCAGCCUCUUCCACAACUCCAAGCCUCUGCCUGGAGGUCCUCAGGCUUACGUUGAGGUAAAGAGCAUGCCUGCUGUCGUCGCGUUCACUCCGGCUGCCUCAGAGUUGCCUGAAAAGGCCAAUGAGGUGCGCGAGAGCCCUGUCCCCGUGUCUGAAGACCCCAUGGCCCCGAAAUUGGCAGAAUUGAUAGAGAAUGUGAAGUUGAUACACAAACCGGUGUCUUUGCAACCAAGAGGACUGAUUAACAAGGGAAACUGGUGCUAUAUCAAUGCUACCCUGCAGGCCCUGAUUGCAUGUCCCCCCAUGUAUCAUCUGAUGAAGUCUAUUCCCCUUUUCACUGAGACUCAGAGACCCUGCACAUCCACACCCAUGGUGGAUAACUUUGUUCGGCUUGUGAAUGAGUUCAGCAAUAUGCCUGUCCCUUCCAAGGCUAAACAGCAAGCUGCUGGAGAGAAGAUAAUGAAAGAUCUUAGAGUGGGUGUUCCUUUUGAACCCACAUACAUCUAUAAACUCCUCACCCUCAUCAAAUCUAGCCUUUCUGAGAAGGGUCGCCAGGAGGAUGCGGAGGAGUAUCUUGGUUUCACUUUAAAUGGACUGCAUGAGGAAAUGCUGGCACUGAAGAAGCUUAUCUCUCCACAGGAAGAGAAAACCCCCACACCAAAUGGUCCCGAAUCUCAGCCUGGAGUGGAGGAAGACCCUGCUGAGAAGGAGGAAGAAGGCAGUGAUGAUGAGUGGGAACAGGUCGGGCCCAGAAACAAAACCUCCAUCACCCGGCAGGCAGAUUUCAUCCGCACUCCCAUCACAGACAUAUUCGGUGGCCACAUCAGAUCUGUGGUAUACCAGCAAAGCUCAAAAGAGUCAGCCACCUUGCAGCCCUUCUUCACGCUGCAGCUGGACAUCCAAUCAGAGAAGAUCCGCACAGUUCAAGAGGCCCUGGAGAUACUGGUGGCGCGGGAGUCUGUUCAGGGCUACACCACUAAGAGCAAGCAGGAGAUUGAGAUCAGCCGGAGAGUGACUCUUGAAGAGCUUCCUCCAGUGCUGGUGCUUCACCUCAAGAGAUUUGUUUUUGAGAAGACCGGUGGAUGUCAAAAACUGAUCAAGAAUAUUGAUUACCCUGUUGAUCUGGAGAUCAGUAAAGAUCUCUUGUCACCGGGGGUUCGGGGCAAAACUCUGAAAGGCCAAAGAACCUACAGGCUCUUUGCAGUCGUCUAUCACCAUGGGAACAGUGCCACGGGUGGCCACUACACUACAGAUGUCUUCCACAUCGGUCUGAACGGCUGGCUGCGUAUUGAUGACCAGGCAGUGAAGAUCAUCAAUCAGCAUCAGGUGGUGAAGCAGACUGCAGAGCGCACUGCCUACCUGCUGUACUACCGUCGUGUGGACCUGCUGUAGAAACCAUACUCGUGUACACAAACUCCCUCUCCCUCUCCCUCUCCCUCUCCCUCUCCCUCUCCCUCUCACACACACAAACAUACACACACGUACAUUUAAACACACGUUUACAUGCAGACACGCACACAAUCUCUCUCUCUCUCUCUCUCUCUCACACACACACACACACACACACACACACACACACACACACACACACACACACAAACAAACACAACCAUGUGUCUCAACAGGAACACUGCCCAACUUCACGAUUGUCCUUUUCCCCUCAACCCUGCUAUUCCAGAGAGCCAGCUUUUCCAACUUUUUUUUUUUUUUUUCUUUCUUUGUCUUUUUUUGGAAGAGGAAAAGACAUCAGACGUAUCUAAAGACUUUCCUGUAAUAGUGUUUUCCCCCUCUGCGUGGGUCUGGAGAAGCUGAGGGGAGAAAUGUUAGCACUGCAGAACGUUCCAGUUUGGAGAGACAGACCUGAAUCACUGCAAACGUCCACAGCCUCACGUUUGACUUGCCAGAGUGGAUCCCGGCUGAAAGAACUCAAACCAGUUGAGGCUGAUGGACUGCUGGAGAAAAUCAUUCUUUUUCUUUUUUGUUUUUGUUCUACUUUUUUUAAAUGGCAUAGGAGAAAAUAUGAAGUGUUUUGCCUUUUAGCAAGAGAUGAUGUCAGCCUAAUUUGCAGCAGUUAAGUGGAGCCUGUUAAAUUCUUGACUAGAGCAUCAAAGUGGCCCAACACCAGCAAGCUACCAAAAUUUGUGUAGAUCUCAAUGUAGGAGUUUGUCGACUCCCCAAGCGAGACACUCCAACUCCACCAACACCACCACAACCUCUUCUCUCCCCCAUUUCUCUGAUGCUUCGGAUCUAGAUUACACUUGAGUCAUGGGAAAAACAAAGAUGGCGGGUGGGAGAAAGGGUGCUGCAGUGUGCUGAAAUGGUAAAAAGCAAAACAAGGAAAAAAAAAAAAAAAACCCAACCUGAAAUUGGCUUCUUGGUUUGAGACCUUCAGUGUGAUUUUUGGGUGUAGGAUUAGAAUGACUAUCUUACAAUUUUAAUGCGCUUUAGGACAUAAAUGAUUACAAAAGCUUUGUGCACGUUAAAAUAUAAAACCGGACGAUUAAAAAAGGCAGAUGUGCGUCGUCAGCACAUUUCUUGCAGAUAUUUAAGUUUUAAAAGUAUUAAAUGCAAAAAUCUGAAACUUGGCGGCGGUCACCUUGAUCAGCUCCCUGGGGGGGUUGUGCUUGUUCUUUAGGCUUUUUGUGUACUUUCACACGUUCAUGCUGGUGAGAUGCCAGAGAUGUCCGAUACUCCAUCAUGAACAUUGACUCGCAUUCAUUUUUUGUGCCCUCUCGCCAUCUUUCAUUAGUUCUGUUUGUUCCUUUCCUGUAUCGUACGAGUAAAGUGUAUCCGCUGUCCACUGGCUGCCUUUUGAUGUCAGUAGAGCAGCAAGAACUGAGCCACUCCUGCCAACUUUGGAGAGGGAGCUGUGUUGAGAUACAUCUGGUCUGCAUCUCAUUCUGUAUGUUAGCCCGCUCCGAGCAGUCAGCCUGUAAUAUACAUGUUGAGGCUCUGUGUGCAGCUCUGAGGAUAAUAUCUCAGAAUGGGUAGCAAGAAAUGUCUCUUACUGCAGUUAUUUUGCUGUGUCGCACGAGGUGAGAUCAGCUUUGCCUGACGAAGCCUGAAGUGCGACCGCAGAUGCGCACAAACAGCAAAUCAUGUUUGCGUCUGUUUUAGAGACCUUGCAUCAUCAAUAUUAUACCCGAUUGUAUUUUGUUCAUUUAAAAAAAAAAAAAAAGUUUUUCUUCAUUCCCCAUUCGCAUAUUUUCUGUUCCGUUUAAAUUGAUAUAUUUUGAAAGGAAAUGACCCAAGGUUAAAGCACAACAAUGAAUAAAGUUAUACAAGUACUAUGCUUGACCUUAUUUCAUUUGGAUUUUUUUUUUUUUUUUUGGUAAUUUAAAUUCAAUAUUCCACAUAAUAAAAGUAUCACUGACAUGAAGAAAAGUUAUUUUUUAUUUAAUGACUAACACGGUAACUUUGCUCUACUUUCCUAGUCCCGGAAAGGAUAGACAGGCUUUUUGCAUUUUCUGCACUGAAUUGGGUGGAAAAUCUUGUUAAACAGAGCUGAGAUUACUACAAACUUUGUUGGUAGCUGAAGUAAUCAUCAUCAAAUGAGCUAAGUUGUUAAAUAAAAGUGGUUUGAAUGAUGAGUGUUUGAAAACUCUGCACAUAUUCUUGUUCAUCACCCUGUUACUGAAUAUACCUCUAAUGACAAAUAACUUUUUGGGAAUGUUUCAGUCUUUACACUCGAUGUAUCCAAUCUUUACACAAGCGAUACGUGCAUUUUUGCCCUUCACAAAUGCGCGCACUUUGUGUUGUUGGAGAUUUUGUAGAAAGUCAACACGUCGCUUCCAGGAACAGAUCCUUUGAGCUGAGCUCUUCACACAGUCCUGCCUCUGACCACAGGUUAGGCUGGUGUGAACUCAUCUUUCCACUCUAGAAAUGCAGAGCAUGAAUUUCACAUCCAUCUGAAUGAGCUUAUUUUAUCCCAGCAACACGAGCACAGUCGGAAUCUUCCCUCGAAUCCAUGUAAUCCCAGUUUUUAUUGUCAUUUCAUUUACAGUCAUUUGAAAUGUUAGAUUUUGAGUACAUAAAGGGUCGUUUUUCUUCCUUUCAAUUGCUUGAUUACAGUUGCCAAGUCAUGCUUUACCGUGUGCCCUUUUGAACUUCUUGAAUUUGGUUUAUUUGAAUCUACAGAAGGACACAAGGAACGCAUCCCCCACGUGAAACCAAAGGAUACAGAACUUCUAUGUAAACAGACACUGAUGCCGCUUAUGAUUGCUAGAAGAUAAAAUGUACAAAUUAAGUUUUUUGUUUUUUUUCCCCCAACCUCCCAAACUUUGUCUUCAUAUGCACCAUUCAAGAACUUGACCUGAUUUCAGUUGACAUGCUGACUCGUCACCUGAAACAUCUUUUAGAAAAAUCACCACUGUUGGUUUUAAUGUGUUGACGCCUAUUUGGUCACAUCUGAUGCACUCAUUAUGUCUUGUUUGUUUCUUUUGUCUGUUUCAAGGUGGAGAUCUGGUUUUCAUGUAUUAGUUCGACUCUUUGAGGUGGUUUCUUUCUCUUCCUUGAGUAUGUCGGUCAGGGAAAGUCCUGGUGUAUAGUUCAGAUGCUGUCUGUCUUUUCGGUUUGUGCUUCCUAACCCUUGUGUCUGCUGAGAUCUUGAUGCGUUGGGAAAUUGAGCUAAAUACAAACUAUAUGCUGUGUCUCAUCCUUGGCCUUCAGCCUUCUACUUUUGUCAGCUGUUCAAAUAAACAAUAAAUUGUGGCAAAGCUUUAUUUCUA